AUGAUUCGAUUAAACCGUUUAUAUUCCCAAGGACAUCAAAUAUUAAGUUUAUUCUGCAACUUUCAAGUACAGAAGAGUGUAGGCCGUGAAUUGAGAGUCGGGCAGAGGGGAUUAGCAACCGAGGUUAAUGCUAGUCUUCCCGGUUCCACAUUACGGCCAUUAGCUAUCUCACCAAUACCAUCGACACUCCAAGCAUGGUUAAAAGAUUUCCACACAAACGAACCGCUAGACAUAAUCGAACUUGAUCGUAAAAUCUUCGGCAUACCAUUGCGUAGAGACUUAAUUCAUAGAGUAAUUGUAUGGCAGAGAAAUAAAUCAAGACAGGGGACACAUUCGACGAAGGGGCGGAGUGAAGUCAGUGGAACGACACGGAAGGCGUUUAUGCAGAAGGGAAGAGGAAAGGCUCGGGUUGGUAGUUUGAGAGCCCCCCAGUUUAGAAAAGGUGGCAUAGCUCAUGGUCCGAAGCCCCGUUCACACGCUACGCUUCUUCCCCGCCAAGUACAGCUACUUGGCUUACGCACGGCCUUAUCCACCAAGUAUGCCCAAGAUGAUCUGAUAGUCGUCAAUUCAAUUAACCUCCCCUCUCCGAAAACCCAGAAACUGUUAUCCCUAUUUUCUCAUCAUUCGUGGGAUCCUCUUGCUGAUGAUAAAAUAUUGGGCAAUUCUUUAUUAUUCUUGUCAGAAGUUAACGAUAGGAAUCUAACAUUAGCCAUGAGGAAUCUAAAAAGGGUCCAUGGCUUGACAGUACAAGAAGUCUUUGACGAAGCAGAUGUAUAUAAUAUAAUUGGUCAUGAGAAGGUAGUUAUUGAUUUAGGUGCGGUUAGAAGAUUGGAGGAAUUGCUGAGAGAACCGUCGGUGUUGCCUCGAGAUUUGAACAUAAGCUUAGUGGAUAAGAGAGCAGAAGAAAUGUGA